GACAAAAAAGAAAUGUUGGCCAACCUGUGAACACAAGCAAAUGUAAACAGUAAACUGAGCUGAUAUGAGGCUUGGCGCAGAUAUGAUGAGGAUAGGGAAUCUUGCCUUUAAGCAUUUUCGGAAUGUGCUGUUUCCACGACACAGUCUUGGAAGCUUUCCUGCUGACCAACCAAGUUGUGGACUGAAACAGUCAGUUGAGGAGAAGCUGGGAUUACCUCCUCGACCAAAAAAGCCAUUAACACCAUAUUUUCGUUUUAUGCAACAAAUAAGACCUUCUAUUAUCCAGAAAAAUCCCCAGGCAAAAGCCACAGAUAUAGUGAAGAUGGUUGCUGUGGAAUGGGAAAAAGCCGAUCAAGGCGUGCGUGACUCCUUGCAACGCAAAUUCCAUGAAGAGAUGAUGGAGUAUGCAGAAGAGUAUACACACUACCAGAAUAAACUGACAGAUAAGCAGCGGCAAGCUCUCCGUGAAGCUAAAGACCAGAAAGUGAGAGAGAAGAGAAAGAAACUUAUUCAGAAGAAAAUGCAAGAAAUGGGUAAACCAAAAAGGCCCAUGACUGGAUUUGUCAGAUUUAUGUAUGAACAGAAGGACAAACGGGGGAGCAUGCCAUUCAGGGAAUGGCAGGCAAAAGUUGCAGAGGAAUGGCAACAGUUACCUGAUAAUGAGAAGGAGGAGUACUCAAAAAAGUCACAGCGUGAUCUUGCAGACUACCAAGAACGGCUGCAAGAGUGGGAAGAACGCAUGAUUCGCCUUGGCCACAUAGAUAUAGUGCGGAAAGAAGCUCUUAUUGAGUCUCGUGAUAGUUCAAGAGGUACCCUUCAUCACCGAUCUCACAGUCGAGAAUAGCAAUAUGCUUGCUCCAACCCAUCACCCUUGGCAUCAAAACAGAUUGUGGAAGAGUCCAUGGAACAUCAGGCAGCAGGAUAAUCAUCGUUUGAACACAUGGUAUUAAUAACUACUUCAUCGAUGGCCAUUACUGUUAUUCCAUCUUGUGUCCAGUACUCUUGCUCCAGCUGCUGCACAUUCCUGCAGUAACCUUGCCAGCCCUAUGCAGUAUUAAGAAGAUUCUACUAUCUUUCGUUCGACAUGUCACCAGUGACAGUGUUCUCCCUGAAAUUGUUUUAUUUUGGCCUAUGCCAAUUCUAUCGGAUUUAGAUCCCAGUUGUAAGGUGGUAAAUACGUUAAUUUUUGGCUUCUGUGUUCAGCAAUUCUAUCCGUGAUGCACACUUUCACAGCUGGUUUGUUUUCCUUUAUUGUGGAUAACGGUUCACCUUCCUCAUUGAGUUGUUGCUGUUUCUGUGCUCAUCUUCCAAUCACUCUAACAUUGUAAUCCUAAAAUCAUAUUUAUUAGGCAUUCUCUCGAACUUGCUGCUGUGGUAUAAGGCAUUAUCUAUACAAUCACAGAAUUGGGUGGAAUAUUACAAACGGCCAUGACUGCAACUCCCCCCCCCCCCCCCCUCCCAUCUCUGUGCGCUAGUUUUGUCAAAUUCAAGAAGUUUGCAAGUUAAUGCAAACAGUUUCUUCAGUUUCUUGCAUGAAACUUCCUGAUGAAUUCGAACUGCGUACCAGGUCGCGUUCCAAGGUUAGAGUCCUGGCACAGUUUUAAUUAGCAAAGAAAUUUGAAAGCAGCACACACUCCGCUAUUGGAUGAAAACUCAUUUAUUUUCUUGCAUCUUGCUGCAAGUACAUGCCAAAUUUGUCUUUUCAUGGAACUUCUCAAACUUAUAUAGGUUGUGUGUGUUCAGUGCGAAAAUAUCAUUGUCAAAAAGGAGAAUGGCACAAAGACAGGUGGGCCGAAACAAAUGUACUGUUGGAGUCUCUAAAUACCCGUAAUUGGUACCACAUUCAAGGGACUGUGCAAUGAGUUUACCAAUCAAUUCGUUUCACUGGAAGGUAAAGCAGAACGGAAGUACAGAUGUCUUUAAAUUAUAGCUGAUUUUUUUUUUUAAUGGUAUCGUGAACAUAAAUGCAGAACAUUUGUGGUAAAAGUAGUAAAUAUUUCUUGCAAAAAUCAAAGGGUAGUUAAAAGGCAGUCUCUUGGUGAAUUACUGCACUGCCUUUUUGUAUCCUGUUAUCGAGUACCUGAUUAUACAAUAGACAAGAGAUGUUUGACAUCUGCAUAUGACAUCAUCAAAGUUUUUAAUCUAAGUGAAGUCUUCUGAUUUUAGUUAAUUGAAUGGUGUUACUUGGUAACAUCAGUAUGUGCUCCUCGUAUAUUUUUUCUGCUUUUUGCAUUUUGUCACAAUUUUUUAUCAUAAAUAAUAAUGUAGUAACAGUGGUGACUAAUCUGAUUUUUAAGAAUAACUGCACUUCUGUAACAAGUACUUGCGGUGAGUUCCUGAAAUAAGUUUGCCCCAGUAACUUGAAGAAGUAAACUUGACUAAGUUUUUGUUCUAAUGUAAACACCUAGCAAGUACUUACAGCAGUUAUUUGUUAGUGGACGCGAGCCUUUUGCUGUACUUCACAUUUAGGGGCAGCUUGACAGUGGCAGUACUAAGAGAGAAAUGAAUAUCUUUCAAGUAGCGCCGAUUUUCUCCAUUUCUGGCAGCACUAGCAAAAUUGUCAAGUUGUUAUGGCCAGACAGGACUGUGUGUGUGAUACAGAACACAUGUAAUUUAAGAAAAUAUAUGAUUUUAAUAUAUUUAUAGUAGGUCUUGUAAUGAUUCAAUAAAGAGUAUUAAUCUUGUAAAAAUUCAAGGAUUUCUAUAUGUCCACUUUAUUGUAUUUCCAUGUGAUCCAUUGGUAUCUACCUUUAACCAGUUUUUAGUUCUGAUGAUCAACCAAAAACCUCAAUCAGAAGUGAUGUAACAGAAAGAUAAAACACUUGUCUUUGUAUCCUCUGGAAACUGAUAACCAUCAAUUUUGAACAUUAUGUAGUUAGAACAAUGAUAUUUUUCAAAUAAUGAUAUCUUUCUUGUAAUUGUUCUUAGAGAAAUCCUUCUAAAUAUUAAAUUACAUACUAAUAAUGGAAAAUCCAGCUUGCAAUAACAAUAAUAUUAUUAAAAUGAUAGAUUGCUGCUCAUCACCCAGUUGCUGAACAUGCUGUCCAGCACAACAUGCUUCACUUCAGUGACUGUUUCACAGCCUGUGCCAUCUGGAUCUUUCCUACCAACACCAGCUUUUCUGAAAUGCACAGGUGGGAACUCUCCCUCAAUAUAUCCUAUGUUCCCAUAACCCCCCUGGCCUCAAUCUUCACUAGUCCCAAUGCUCGACUUACCUAUCCCCUUCCCUGGUUCCACUCCAGCAAAACACAGCCUGCUAUUUCACCAAUGUACUGACAUUCAUGUUCCCCUUCUCUAAUUUAGCCCCUCCCCCCACAAAUGCACCUAGCAGCACUACAUCAUCCCACACCCCACCCUGCUCUCCACUCCAUGCCAGAGACAGAGGUUGUGUUUCUGUGUAUGUAUGUGUGUUGUACUUGUGUGAAAGUAUGUAUGUUUUAUACUUCAGAAGAAGACCAUUUGGCUGAAAGCUAAAAUGUAUUGCAGUCUUUUCAUUGUCUGUCUGCAUCUGAAUGGCUCCUCUGUAUGAUGAGUAGCAAUCUAUCCUUUUCAUAAUACUUAAAUUAUUAAUAAGUAUUUUCAUUAGCUGUCUUCAAGUAUGAAAGUA